AUGGUGGGUCUGAGUGUAAUACUUGAGAAUUACAGAGAUCUCUCAGAAAAGAGGAGCCCACAAGUCAUCAGCAAAGGAAUCAUCAGCAUGAUAAAGCAGCCGCCCCACUCAAAUCCUUCAUCUCCCACAUCGACAAAUGGGUUUUUCAGGAGGAAACAAAAUGUCUCUGAUCCCUCCUCUUCUUCUUCCUCUGCUUGUGGCUUUCUUGAGUGUUGUUUUCUCUGCAGGAAAAAGCUCUUGCCAGGAAAUGAUAUCUACAUGUACAAAGGGGAUACGGCAUUCUGCAGCGUGGAGUGCAGGUACAAGCAGAUCUUCAUGGAUGAGGAGGAGGCCAGUGCAAAGAGUAGUUGUACCUUAGAGUACAACUGCUCAGCACCAUCUUCGUCUUCGUCUGCUCGCACUGCAGGCAAAGGGCCGAGAAAUCGUGCACACGCUUUUGCUUAG